UUUGGAGUGGUUGGUUCCCGCUUGUUUGGAACAGGUGAACAAGUCGAAGAAGUUUGUUGAAACCUCUGAUAUACAUCUAUUUUAUUCAUUUACUCGUCUCUUCACGUGCAUGAUACGCGAUGAAACUCAAGUGAGCACCGUAUGGUUGCAGUGCACGUUCAUUUUUUGCCUUUGUUGGGGAUUGGGUUCGACGCUCACAACUGAAGGAAAGAAGCAAUUCGAUACGUUCUACAGGAAAACUUUGGCCGGUGAGAACAAGAAAUCUCCGAAGGUCAAAUCGUUUAAACUGUCCAAGAAUCAGUUGUUUCCGGAGCGAUCCGUGUGUUUCGAUUUCUUUUAUGACAAGAAAAAUAACGGUACGUGGAUAAAUUGGACUGAUACCGUGGAGAAAUUGGAAAAGAUACCUGUCACUGCCAAAGCUAGCGAACUGAUUAUACAAACGAACGAUUCCUGUCUGAUGAAGUUCUUUUUGAAAAUAUGUUUAGAUAAUAAAAUUCCGAUUUUGUUUGUCGGUCCUACUGGUACAGGCAAAUCUGCGGUUGUGAUCGAACAUAUGUUGAGCAUGCCCAAAGAGAGUUACCAACCCAACAUCAUCAAUUUCAGUGCUAGAACUUCAUCUAGCAUGACUCAAGAAAUGGUAAUGUCAAAAUUGGACAAAAGAAGACGAGGAGUAUAUGGUCCCGCUAUGGGAAAACAAUGCAUUCUCUUCGUAGAUGACCUAGGAAUGCCGCAGAAAGAACAGUGGGGCGCCCAACCUCCUGUCGAAUUGCUACGUCAAUACAUCGACCAUGGACAUUGGUUUGCAAAAGACACGUCAAUGCUAUAUUUGGUGGACAUUUUAUUUGUUGGUGCAAUGGGAGUGCCUGGUGGUGGAAGAAACGAAGUUACAGAUAGAUUUUUAAGACAUAUGCAAAUUAUUACUAUUGAUUCUUUCGAUGAUAACACGUUGGGAAAAAUAUUUACCACAAUUUUGGAUUGGCAUUUUGCUAAAGGGUAUGCGUCUGAUGUAGCGAGACUUUCUAAGUUCUGUGUAGCAUCGACAACAGAAGUCUACAAAAUGGCCAUCAGCAAUUUUUUACCAACGCCAGCAAAGUCGCAUUAUACUUUUUCGUUGCGAGAUUACUCGAGAUUGAUUAACGGUCUUCUGGUGACUCCCCCAACGCAUUUGGAAGAUCCUGAUAAGUUUGUUAGAUUGUGGAUACACGAAUCGUAUAGAGUGUUUCACGAUCGGCUUAUAGAUGAUGAGGAUAGGUUGUUGCUGUUUAAUAUUGUAAGAAAUGCCACAUACAAUGGCUUCAGGCAGCGUAUGGAAAAAGUUUGCGAAAAUAUAAUUGGCGAAGAUGGAAGAUUGGGACCGCAAAUUAUAAGGAACUUAUUUUAUGGAAAUUAUAUUCUACCAGAUGCAGAAAAAAAAAUUUACGACGAAAUUACAGAUAUGGACGAUCUAGUCGAAAAAAUGAAAUUCUAUCUAUCCGAAUACAAUCUCAUAUCUAAGUCUCCGAUGAAUUUGGUGAUGUUUAAAUUUGCAAUCGAACACGUAUCAAGAGUAUCUCGCGUAUUGACCCAACCAAACGGUAAUGUACUGUUGGUUGGAGUCGGUGGUUCAGGAAGACAUAGCGCAGCGAAAUUGGCCAGUUUUAUGGGAGAAGCGGCGAUUUUUGAGAUUGAACUUACAAGAACCUAUGGUACGGUAGAAUGGAGAGACGAUUUGAAAAAAUUGUUGACGAAGGCAGGCUUUGAAGGCAAACCUAUAGUAUUUUUGUUUGCCGAUACUCAAGUAGCUGACGAAGGUUUCGUUGAAGAUGUUAAUACGAUUCUCAACACAGGAGACGUGCCCAACUUGUACGCACCUGAUGAGAAGGCUGAUAUAUUAGAAAAAAUACAAGCUGUAUUGAAAGAAAGCGGAGCUAAGAAGAUGGACGCUACACCUUUAGCUCUAUAUACAUUCUUCAUAGAACGAAUCAGAGCAGCGUUGCAUGUUGCUCUAUGUUUUUCCCCGAUUGGUGAAUCGUUUCGAGUCAGAUGCAGAAUGUUUCCAUCGUUGAUAAACUGUUGUACAAUCGAUUGGUUUCAAAGUUGGCCUGAUGAUGCUUUAGAAAAGGUGGCACAAUUUUUCCUAGGCCAAACCGAUAUAACACCGGAAAUGAUAGACGUUUGCGUUGACAUAUGCAAGUUUUUCCACGUCCAAGUGCAGGAAGCGUCAGAUUUGUUUUGGAGAGAACAAAAGAGGAAAACGUAUGUCACCGCCACCGCAUACCUGGAACUAAUACAAACGUUUAAGAGUUUGUACGCACUCAAAGUCAAUCAAAUAAAUAUGCAACGGAAUAGAUAUGAGACUGGUUUAGAUAAACUGGACUUCGCUGCAGGUCAAGUUGGUUUGAUGCAAUGCGAGUUACACGAUUUGCAGCCUCAACUCGUCGUGGCCUCGGCCAAUACGGAAAAGUUGAUGGUUAAAAUAGAACAAGAUACUGUUGUUGUUGAGAAACAAAAAGAGAUUGUUGGUGCUGACGAAGCUUUGGCUAACGAAGCAGCCGCAGCUGCUCAAGCCAUUAAGGACGAUUGCGAAUCGGAUUUAUCUGAGGCCAUUCCAGCUCUUGAAGCUGCCGUUGAAGCUUUGAACACUUUAAAACCGGCGGAUAUUACAGUCGUAAAAUCCAUGAAGAAUCCACCUUCUGGUGUGAAGCUUGUUAUGGAAGCUGUUUGCGUGAUGAAGCAGGUCAAGCCUGACAGGAAGCUGGAUCCUAAUUCAGGCAAAAUGAUUGACGAUUAUUGGUCAUCUUCAGUAAAACUUUUGGGCGACAUGAAAUUCCUGGAGGGUUUAAAAAACUACGACAAAGAUAGUAUACCUCAAUCUGUUAUGAAAAAAAUAAGAGACAAAUAUUUACCAGACAGAGAAUUUGAUCCGAUAAGAAUCCAAAGCGUGUCUGCCGCAUGCGAAGGUUUAUGUAAAUGGGUCAGAGCCAUCGAGGUAUACGACAGAAUCAUUAAAAUCGUCGCCCCAAAGCAAAAGGCCUUGGCAGCUGCUGAAUCAGAACUUGCCGCCCAAAUGGAUACUCUGAAUGCGAAACGAGCUCAGCUUCAAGAGGUCGCAGACAAACUACAAGCCCUGAACGACGAUUUUGCCGCCGAAAUGAAAAAGAAGAAGGAUUUGGAAGACGACAUCGAUCUUUGCGGUCAAAAAUUAGAUAGAGCUGAGAAAUUGAUUGGUGGACUGGGAGGAGAGAAGGCGCGUUGGUCUGAAAUAGCCGCGUAUUGUUUAACUUUACUGGGAAAAGUAAUUGGAGAUGUACUAUUAUCUGCUGGUACUAUCGCUUAUUUGGGACCUUUCACUAUUAAUUACAGGAUUUCGUUGAUGAAAGAAUGGAAUGUUUAUGCAUUGGACAGAGGUCUGCCAUGUUCAGAUAAUUUCUCGCUAGUUGUUACAAUGGGAGAACCGGUAGUGAUAAGAGCCUGGAAUAUUGCCGGUUUACCAAUUGACAAUUACAGUAUAGAGAAUGGUAUAAUUUCUACCUCUGCCAGAAGGUGGCCUUUAAUGAUCGACCCACAAGGGCAAGCAAAUAAAUGGGUGAAAAACAUGGAAAAGUACAACAGACUGAACGUCAUCAAACUAACAGACGGUAAUUACGUCCGAAUCAUGGAAAAUGCCAUAACAUUUGGUACGCCGGUAUUGCUCGAAAACAUCAACGAAGAAAUCGACGCCAUCUUGGAUCCCAUCUUGGUAAAGACAAUUUUCAAACAGCAAGGAGUGUGGUACUUGAAAUUGGGCGACAACGUACUUGAGUACAAUUUUGAUUUUCGAUUAUACAUCACCACUAGAUUGAGAAAUCCCCAUUACUUACCGCAAGUGUCUGUAAAAGUUACGUUAGUGAAUUUCAUGUUAACGCCACAAGGGCUUCAAGAUCAGCUCUUGGGUAUAGUGGUGGCUUACGAGAAACCAGAAUUGGAGGAAAAGAAGAAUUUGAUGAUUGUCGAAAGCGCUAAUAAUAAGAAAACGUUGAAGGAAAUCGAAGAUAAGAUUUUGGAGGUGCUGUCUUCAUCCGAAGGAAACAUCUUAGAAGACGAAACCGGUAUCAAGGUAUUAUCCACCAGCAAAAUCCUAUCCGAGGACAUCCAAGUGAAACAAAAGCAAGCUGCAAUCACCGAAAAAGAGAUCGAUACGGCCAGAAACGGAUACAUCCCCAUCUCAAAACAUUCCGCUGUCUUGUUUUUCUGUAUUUCGGAUAUCGCUAAUAUAGAUCCCAUGUACCAGUACUCGUUGGGUUGGUUCGUUAACUUGUAUAUACAGUCAAUAUUGAACAGUCCGAAAUCUGAUAACCUCGAAGAACGAUUGGAGUUUUUAACGGCUCAUUUUACAAGCAGCGUUUAUAAAAACGUCUGUAGAUCGUUGUUCGAGAAAGAUAAAUUGUUGUUCUCCAUGGUACUAGCAGUUGGAAUACUCAGAGCUAAGAAUGAGAUAAAUGAGGAUGUAUGGAAUUUUCUUCUAACAGGAGGAGUGGCGUUGGACAAUCCAUUUCCAAAUCCGUCACCAGAGUGGCUCUCUGAAAAAUCAUGGUCCGAAAUCGUGAGAGCCACUCACUUAGAAGGCUUACAUGGACUUAAAGAAUCUGUUGAAGAAGAUAAUGCCUUAUGGAGAAAAUUCUAUGAUGUAUCAAAUCCGAAUGAAAUCCCUUGUCCACCACCUUUCGAACAAACUCGUGGUUUACAACGAUUAGUGCUACUACGCUGUUUGAGACCUGAUAAAAUUGUACCGGCAGUACAAAACUACGUCGUCGACGAAAUGGGUCCAUCAUAUUUAGAACCCCCUCAAUUUAAUAUAGAAGCAUCAUACAAUGACAGUAAUAAUUGUACACCCUUAGUAUUUAUCUUAUCGGCUGGUUCUGAUCCGAUGGCUGGAUUAAUACGUUUCGCUGCUGACAAAGGCAUUGCUAAACAACAACUCAUGACAAUUUCAUUAGGCCAAGGGCAGGGUCCCAUAGCGGCAAAUAUGAUCAGCAUAGGUUUGGAAACUGGUAGAUGGGCGGUUCUUCAAAAUUGCCAUUUAGCCGAGAGCUGGAUGAGAGAACUGGAUCGACUUUGCAAUGAAGUAAUCGUUCCAGAAAAUACACAUCCGAAUUUUAGAUUGUGGUUAACCAGUUAUCCUAGCAGAGCUUUUCCCGUAUCGAUUUUACAAAACGGCGUCAAAAUGACGAAUGAAGCUCCCAAGGGAUUGCGACAAAACAUCCUGAGAUCGUAUACGUCGGAUCCAAUAUCGGAUCAGACUUUUUACAAUCAGUGUCCCAAUCAAAAAGCAUUUCGUCCGCUGUUAUUCUCACUCUGUUUCUUCCACGCCGUUAUUCAAGAAAGAAGAAAGUUCGGUCCUCUAGGAUGGAACAUUCCAUACGAAUUUAACGAGUCCGAUUUGAAGAUAUGUGUGCUACAACUGCAGAUGUUUCUUACCGAUUACCUUGACGUACCUUUUGAUGCUCUGUCAUAUUUGACAGGCGAGUGCAACUAUGGAGGUCGUGUGACAGACGACAAAGAUAGGAGAUUAAUUAUGUCACUGCUUUCGACGUUUUAUGCAACUGAUGUUGUACAUAAACCAGGGUAUUGCUUCUCGCCAAGUGGAAUUUAUUAUGUACCAGUUGUGAAUACUUGGGAAGGUUGCGUUGAAUAUAUUAAAAGUUUGCCAAUCAAUGCGUCGCCAGAGGUUUUUGGUCUUCAUGAGAAUGCUGAUAUUACCAAAGAUAACCAGGAAACAGCUAAUUUGCUAUCUGGAGUACUGUUAACGCAAACUUUAGUAACGGGCGGUGGAAGCGAAGGAGAUGCUCAAGCAGUGAUUAUAGAUCUCGCCAAUGAUAUUUUAAAUAAAGUACCUAAUGAAUUUGAUAUUGAUUUCGUAAGCGCCCAAUACCCAGUCAUGUACACCAAUUCGAUGAAUACAGUCUUGAAACAAGAAUUAAUUCGAUUCAACAGACUGAUUUCGGUAGUGAAAAAAACGUUGAACGAUAUGAUUAAAGCCGUAAAAGGAAUUGUGGUUAUGUCGGCCGAAUUGGAAGACACCUAUGAAGCUCUUGUGAUCGGAAAACAACCGGGCGCUUGGCAGGGCAAAAGUUAUCCCAGUUUGAAACCGUUGGGAUCAUACGUUACCGAUUUGAUUCAAAGAUUGACAUUUUUGCAAGACUGGAUCGACAACGGAGAACCUCUAGUGUAUUGGUUGUCGGGUUUUUUCUUCACUCAAUCUUUUUUGACGGGUGUUCUACAGAACUAUGCGCGCAGGAAAAAUUUGCCGAUAGACUGGAUCCAUUUUGAAUAUUACGUGACUGAACAUGAAGCUGAAAACGAAAAUAUGCAUAUUCCUUUGGGGGUGUACUGCAGGGGCUUGUUUCUCGAAGGAGCAAGAUGGGACAGAAAAUUCAAACGAAUAAACGAAUCCUACCCCAAAAUCCUCUUUGACACGAUCCCCAUCAUGUGGAUGAAACCAGCGGAGAUAUCGCAAUUCGUGCCAUUGCCAUCUUACACUUGUCCCGUUUACAAGACUAGCGCUAGACGAGGAGUUUUAGCGACCACUGGACAUUCUUCCAAUUUUGUCAUGUUGAUCUCUUUGAACUCGCAUUUGCCGCAGAAACACUGGAUAAAUCGUGGGGUAGCAUCGUUGUGUCAACUGGACGAUUGAUUUUAAUAUUAUAAUAAAUUAGUGAUUUUUAAUAAAGGUUUUAAAAUUG